CACCAACAACAACAUCUAGAUCCCUCAACCCACACCGACACCUACCCGCACCAGAUCACCGGCUCCGGCGGCCCUACCGCCACUGCCCCGUUCCUGCGCGACUUCAGCCUCGUCGCGGAGGCGGCCAAGCGGGCGCAGAUGUCGGUCAUGGUGCGCGACCUGGAGAGUGUGACGCUAUAG